GCCUAGUUCGUCAUCUGCAGAUUCUGUCAAACGUUUGUAAACAAAGGAAAGAAAAAUUUUUGCUUUCCAUCGCAUUCUUUACAUUUUUAUCCAAGAAAAAAACUGUAAUUGUGUCCUAAAGUAUUCCAAAAUGGGGAAAGGCUUCAAUAAUUACAUGUGCAAGAAGUUCUUCCAUCCAGCCUCCAGAGAUAAUCUGAAACGGGUAUGGAUGGCAGAACAACAGGCGGAGGCCUACAAAAAGAAACAGGAGGAACUCCGGAACCAAUACGAAAAGGAGCAGGAACUGCACGACAACAAGGCAAUGCUGAGUAAGGAGAGCAAGGACAAACUCAGCGUUAAUUUUAUGUACGAGCUGCCUCCGGGCAUGAAGAAGGAACGGGAAAGCGGACCGACCGAUGAGGCCGAGUACAAGUUCGAAUGGCAGCGCAAGUACAAUGCCCCGAGGGAAAGCUACUGUAAGGGGGACACGGAGAUUCGUGAUCAGCCGUUUGGAAUCCAAGUUCGAAACGUGCGGUGCAUUAAAUGCCACAAAUGGGGACACAUAAACACUGACAAGGAAUGUACCAUGUACAGCCUGUCGAUGAGCGAAGCAAAGAAAAUCCAUUCGGAAGCGGAAAGUAACCAAAUUCUCUCCAAAAAUGAUCUGGAGCAAGGCCUCCGUGAAGAUGGACUUGCAAUGAAAAGAAGUGCCCAAGAGUUGUCCACUUCGCACAAACUGGUGGAAGAACCAGGCAUGGAUAAAGUUCAAACGGAAACCGACUUUCUCAGAUCGCUCUCGACGAAGCAGAAGAAGAAAUUGCUGAAAAAGUUGGAAAAAAUUGAAAAGCGCCAUAAGCAGGAGAAGAAACACAAGAAGAAGCGCAGAUCUAGUUCCAGCUCAUCCAGUAGUUCAGACGAUUCCGACGACGAAAGGGAGAAACGAUCGGCAAAGAAGAAGUCGAAAAAGUCCUACCACAAAGACGAAUCGGACUCGGAAGCAGAUGACAACCGAAGAAGGUCGAAUAAGGAUAGGCCCAGGAAACGGUCACGCUCGCCAGCACACACCAGCCGGCAUUAUGGCGAAAGCAGCUACGCUAGGCGAGAUCGUGAUCGUUCUCGUUCGAGGAGCCCAAGGCGUGAUCGCAAAAGGCGUUAGAUUUAAUAAUUAUUUGUAAUGAUUCCGGAGUAUUGUUUAUUUUGCAAGUUAUAAUCGGUAUGACAUAUCAAUUACAUUAGUGGAUUUGUGUAAGUAUUAA